AAUGCGAGAUGGAGAGAGAAAGAGAAAGGCGGAGGGGUGUGUGGGGAGACUAUUACAUAACUUGCACCUCCUAUAACUGAUAUUGUGAAAGUCUCGCCAUGUUUAUAUAAACUCUGGUGAAAGGACUUGCCUUGAGCUUGCACCAAGUUGACAAAAUGGGCACAUUUGUUAAAAUUUUGAUUGCGAGUGUUUUAGUUGCAUAUUUUGCUAUGAAGUGGACUGGACCCAGUUUUGACCCAGAAUCUCUAAAAGGUGCCAGGGUGCUGGUCACAGGAGCCAGUACAGGCAUUGGUGAACAAAUGGCAUAUCAUUAUGCCCGCUUUGGAGCCCAGAUUGUUAUCACGGCAAGGAGGGAGAAGGUUUUACAGCAGGUAGCUGAGAAGUGUCUGAGUCUGGGAGCCCAGCGGGCUCUUUACAUAGCAGCGGAUAUGGCCAGUGAGUCUGACCCAGACAAAGUGGUCAAUUUUGCUCUGGAGAAACUGGGAGGGUUGGACUACCUGGUUCUCAACCAUAUUGGCCCGUCUCCCUUUGCCAUGUGGGAGGGAGAUGUGGAACAUACCAGGUGGUUAAUGAAGGUCAAUUUCUUUAGCUAUGUUCAGAUGGCCUGGAGAGCUUUGCCCCAUCUUGAGCAAAGUAAAGGAUCUUUGGUGGUUGUUUCAUCACUUUUAGCUAAAAUGACAAGCCCCUUCACGCUACCGUACACCUCAACAAAAUUUGCCUUAAACGGAUUCUUUGGGUCCCUUCAUCAUGAACUGGCCAUGAAAAGGAGCAAUGUGUCAAUCUCAAUAUGCACACUGGGACUUAUUGAUACGGAUUCGGCUAUGGAGAAAGUCAGGGGCGUCACAGACGUACCAGCCUAUCCUGCCACAGAAGCUGCAUUAAGUAUCAUCAUCGCAGGAGCAACAAGACAGCUGGACCUUUACUACCCCUGGUUCACAUACGCUGUGACUCUAUUCAAAGACAUGUUUCCUUCGACAACAAACUUCUUCAUUCAGAACUCCUACAACUACAUUCCAUAAGGAUUAUUCGUCUGCAGCAUUAAUGCUAUCACAGACAUGUAGACAAAUUCAUGUGUUUCAUUUCGUGUCCGUAUGGCAAUGUCUGGGGGAAGCAUUACAAUAGGAUA